AUGCUUUGCUGCUUAUGUGGAACUGACAGUAUGUUUGACUCUCCUAUGUGCUUCAACUGUAGCGUACGAGAGCUCCCAAAGCUGAAACUAGAAACAAGUAGACAGGUGGACAGAUGUAGCACUUGUAUGCGGUACAGUGUGCCUCCCUCUGGGUGGACCACGCUGAGAUUCGAAGGACCCGAGAUGCUGGCGUAUCUCCUCAAGAAAAUCCCCGAAUUGGCCAAAUUAAAGCUCGUUGAUGCAUAUUUUAUCCACUCAGAGGAGCACUCGAAAAGAGUGCGAAUGAAAGUGAGCAUAGACAGAUCGAGCGAGCUGGGAAUGUUUGGCAUAGAGCACUCAGAAGAGCUUGACGUAACAUGGGUCAUAAAGGGGAAGCACUGCCUAGACUGCGCCAGAGCAGCAUCCAACCAAACGUGGAGCUGCGUUGUGCAGCUGCGCCAGAAGUCGCAGUCCAAGCAGACUCUUCUUCUCCUGGAGCAAGCAAUCCUCAAGGCAGGACUGCACGAUGAGACCACAGACAUAAAGGGAGAGCAGGACGGCAUUGACUUCUUCUACAACUCUCGCACUGCGUUGCUUAAGCUCGUUAGAUUCAUAGAAGAGUACGCCCCCACAAAGGUGAAGAUAUCUGAGCAGCUGGUUACCUUGGAUAAAAAAUCAAGCAACAGCAGAUACAAAUUUGCAUACUCGGUGGAGAUACCUGCGCUAAAUGUCAAUGAUUUACUGCACAUACCCCCUGUUUUAGCUAAGAAACUCUCACUUACGCAGAUGUGCAUUGUCAUCCGCAUAUCGAAGUCCAUCCUGCUUGCAGACACAAAGGGCCAGGUUAAGGAUCUGGGGAAGGUGGACUAUUUCAGAUUUGCAAAGGAGAUAAGAGUGCUGGGAUCGGCUAAAACGCAGACAGUCUUUGAGGUGGUGGAGGUGGAAGGGCAGUACAGCAAGAGCAACGGUGAGGGAGCUGUGGGCACACACUUGAACUUUGGUAGAAAUAGAAUAUACGAUGUUCUUCUGCUCAGAGAGGACGGGGAGAUGGUUAGCACUAAGACUCUGGUCAAGGGCCUGGAGACGGGAAGCAGAGUGAUAGGAUACGAUCUUAUAAACCUAAACACCAGCUUGGAAAUAGAGUCACCGAUUUUCCUGAUAAAGAAAGAGGCAGAGGCAAACCUGAAGUGGAAGAUCAAGAGAAUAGGAGGAGGAUACCAGUCAGAAGAUAAGUCUGCAAUGAUCAUAGACGCGGUGCGAAACGAUCCAUCUCUUCUGAAGCUAGUGAAUAUAUACGAUGAAAAUGACCAGAUCAUCAAGGGAAUAGCAUCGCUGAACCUAUAG